UCUUGGAUAAGAUACUUCCACUUGCUGCCGACGAGAUCAGCCGGGCGUGGGGUGUAAAGAAAGACCUUCAGAAGCUUGCCGACAAUGUACGGACGAUGGAAGCUUUGAUUUUUGAUGCUAAAUGCAAGCAAUCAACAACCAAAACCGCGCAGCUCUGGCUGAAAAGGCUCCGGUCUAUAGCACGUCAUGCUGAGAUCGUGUUGGAUGACUUCGGAUAUGAAGUUCUGCGGCAGAAGGUUGAGAAUCGGAAGCGCGACAAGGUGCGCAACUUCUUUUCUUCCUCAAAUCCUAUUUCCUUUCGUCUAGAGAUGGCUAACAAGAUCAAGAAUGUUAGCGCAUCUCUAGAGGAAGCUUACAAAGAAGCAAAUAAGAUAGGGCUUCAUCCAGCUCAACUACCCAUGGCAUCUGCUGAUCACAGAGUGGAUCGGUUGACUGAUCCUUUUGUGGACGAGUCAGAAACGGUGGGAAGGGAGGCUGAGGUAUCUCAAGUUGUGAGCAUGUUAAUUAGCUCAGACUAUAACAAGGAUUUACCCGUCAUCUCAAUAGUUGGGAUGGGUGGGCAGGGUAAAACAACCCUUGCACAGAUGGUGCUAAAAAUUGACAGUGUAGUGAAGCACUUUGAUAAAACAAUAUGGGUUUGUGUGUCUGAUGAUUUCAAAGUGGAAAGGCUGUUGAAUGAGAUGCUACAAUCCCUUGAGGGAAAAAGUGCUGAGAGGACAAACACGGAAGCAUUGGUGAGGAAGCUUCAAGAAAAUCUGAAAGGAAAAAGUUACUUGCUUGUCCUUGAUGAUAUUUGGAAUGAGGAUCGAGAGACAUGGGCUGGCAUGAGGAGACGUUUGUUGGCAAUAGGGGGUGCUCCAGGAAGCAAAAUAUUGGUUACUACACGUAGCGAUGGAGUAGCCUCAGCAAUGCAAACAUCUGGUUUGCAUCAUCUGGACAUCCUCUCAGAUGAUUAUAGCUGGAUGUUGUUUAAAAAACUAGCAUUUGCAGACGGUGGUGCAACAAAGACUCAAGAUCUGGUGGACAUUGGCAGAAGGAUACUGAAAAAGUGCGGCGGCGUGCCAUUAGCGAUCAAAGUGAUCGGGGGUUUGUUGUAUUCCAAAAAGGAUGCCUCGGAAUGGUUGACGAUCGAGAAGAGUGAAAUAUGGAACGAGUCGACCGAUAUUGCAAAACGAGUCAUGUCUGUCCUGAAGCUGAGUUACGAGAACUUACCUUCAUGGUCAGUGAAACAAUGCUUUGCAAGUUGUUCCAUUUUCCCGAAGGACACUUUCAUGGAAAAACAAAGCUUGAUACAGAUUUGGAUGGCCCAGGGAUUGAUAAAUGAUGCCAAGGGAGGAGGAGGUCAUUUGCAAAUGGAGGAUAUAGGCAGUGAGUAUUUCAACGUAUUGCUUCGGAGUUCUUUGUUGCAAGCUGGUGAUAAGAAUUCCUUUAAUGAAAUCGAGUACUGCCGGAUGCACGACCUUGUGCAUGAUCUUUCACUGCAAGUGUCAAAUAAUUGUUUCUUAAAUACAGAGGGAGGCAUGGAAGUCCGUCAUGAAAAUGAAGUUAUGCAUUUGACCAUCAUUUGGAGUCAAGGGAAGGUGUUAAAGAAUAUCGAAGGGAUUCCUCCAAAUUUGCAAACGCUUUAUUAUCUUGGGGGUGAUGGUAGUGUGCUCGAAGACAUCUUGGAAAGGUCUAGAUACCUUUGUGUGUUAAUAGUAAACUGCCGGGAUGUUACUCAUCUCCUGAAUGCUGUGGGUAACAUGAAACAUUUAAGACAUCUUGAUAUCAGGCGAACUGGUAUCACCGCUCUGCCAGAUUCGAUCACAAAGCUCUACAAUUUGAUGACCUUGAAAGUAAGUUACUUGAAAGAGAUACCUAAGAAGUUUAGCAAUUUAAUUAACUUGAGGCAUCUCGAGUUUUUCAAGGAUAGUGAGGAAUGUCUGUUCCCUGGAAUCGGGCAGCUGGCUAAUCUCCGGACGUUGCCGCACUUCAGGGUAAGUCAAGACAAGGGAUGUCAACUUGAGGAGUUGGAACACUUGCGCAACCUCGGAGGUGAGUUGAGAAUAUUUGGACUUGAGAAUGUGAGCGGCUUUGAAUCAGCAGCAAAAGCAAAGUUGUCCGAAAAAUCAAGCAUUCGAGGUUUAAGACUUUCAUGGGGCGAUACAAAUGAAGAUUGUGAUGACAACAAUAUCGACAGUGUCAUGGAAGGUCUCCAACCUCACCCAGACUUGAAAAGUUUAGCCAUUAAUGGUUUCAAAGGUUCAAGGUUUCCGUCAUGGAUGGUGGCAAAGGAUCACUUGAUGGUACUCCUUCGGAAUCUGGUACGCCUCAGGUUGGAGAAAUUGGUUAAGUGUGAACAAGUACCACCACUAGGGGACUUGCCUUGUCUCGAGUCCUUAAAGGUGGUCUCCUUGCACAAUGUGAAGCGAAUUGGGGCUGAAUUCUAUGGUCUCGAUAUUAAUGCAAGGAGCAGCGCUUCUUGUAGUAGCAGCACCAGUAGCAGAGAGGUGAAAGCAGUCACUCUGUUUCCGAAACUACAGCGUUUUGUUUUGGAGGACAUGGGAAGUCUAGAGGAGUGGUCAGAUGCAAUGGUUCCCUCGGAUUCUUCUUCAUCAAUUAAGGUAUUCCCUAAUCUCCGGGACUUGAGAAUCUCAGGUCUCCCCAAGUUGGCUGUUUUACUAGAUAUGGAGAACUUGACAUCUCUUGAGGAGUUAGAGAUACAAGUAUGUGGAAGUUUGGCUUGUAUAAGGAAUUUGAAUAGCCUCACAUCUCUUGAAUCCUUGUACUUAAGUGACUGUCCUGCUUUAUUAGAUGCUUCUCUGGAUAUGAAAAACCCCCAAUCCCUACGUACUCUAAGCAUCUCAGGAUGUGAUAAGUUGAAUCCUUCGUUGAGUAAUGAUCUUGAGAAGUUCACGUCGCUCAAGUGGUUGACGUUCAUUUCUGAUGACCCUGGUUGUUGGCCAAUUACGGUUCUCCACCAUCUAGCCAACCUCAGAUCGUUGACUCUCGGUGGCUUCUCUGACGACCUUGAUUAUUUCCCGUGGCCACACUCCAUCACCAAUCUCGUCUCUCUGAAGCGUCUUGAAUUGCGUGGAUGGCCAAAAAUCACGGCUCUCCCAGACCAAAUUCAGCAUAUCUCUACCUUGACGUCUCUAGAGAUAUGGGAGUUUGAGGGGUUGGAAGUUCUUCCAGAGUGGAUGGGCAGCCUUCGGAAUCUUCGCCUAUUAGGGAUUAUUAAUUGCUCUAACCUCAGACAAUUGCCCUCUGCAGAAGCAAUACGACACCUCACCAAUUUAAAUGAGCUAUAUAUCACCAGGUGUCCUCCUUUAGCAGAGAGAUGCACCAAAGGAAGUGGCGCAGGGUGGCCCAAGAUUGCACAUAUUCCCAUUGUUUAUAUCGAUGGGAUGCCCGUGUAACUGGUUUCGCAUUUGGGAAACAAACCCCCUGUAAGGCUGUAACUUUGCUUCAGUAGUAAUGCGGAAGCAGUAAGUGGAGUACUCACUAGUGUCGAGGUAAAGCAUAGAGAUUUUGAUACAUUCCAUAAUGAGAUUCUCCAACAGGCUGCGGCUGAGGCAGAGGCUGCAACUAUGUCAAUGAUGAGACGGGCAAUACCAUAUGCUUCUUCAUUGGAUGAAGCUAAUCAAAUAGUUCGUGGAAAUUGGCUGAAUGCAAUUGAAGAACACCAUCGGAAAUAUUCAGAAGACAAUAUUGUCAGAGAAAUUCUUGAUAUCGGAUGUUCAGUUGGUGUCAGCACAAGGUGCCUUGCUGAUAAAUUUCCCAAUGCUAGAGUGACUGGCCUGGACCUGUCACCAUAUUUUCUUGCUGUUGCUCAAUAUAAAGAAAAGAAAAGCAGCCCAAGAAUGAAUCCUGUCUGUUGGAUCCAUGCUAAUGGUGAAAGUACAGGCUUGCCUUCCAAAUCAUUUGACAUUCUUUCUGUUGCUUAUGUGUUCCAUGAAUGCCCUGAAAGAGCAAUAAACAAUAUGGUGAGAGAAGCAUUUCGACUGCUUCGACCUGGAGGAACUUUUGCAAUCACAGACAACUCGCCAAAAUCAAAGAUUCUUCAGGAAUUAUCACCGGUGCUAUUUAUGCUAAUGAAGAGUACUGAACCAUUCCUGGAUGAGUAUUAUUUGACAGAUCUUGAAAGAGUAAUGAGAGAAGCAGGCUUUAUCAAUGUAAAUACAGUUCUCACGGAUCCAAGGCACAGGACAGUGACUGCAACUGUGCCUUACUAGCAUCACCCUCAAUCUGGCUCAUCAUUAGCGUUACCAAUUGGAGUUCACAUCUACAGAGUUCAUGUACUAAAUGUUCACGUUGAGGAAUCAUUUUUUGGCAGCGUACUAAGUCAGCUUCUCAGCUGUGCUCGUAAGGAAAUUUGUCUGUAAAUUAAUAGGCUAUAUAGGAAUUUGAACUUUUGAAAUCGUGUCAGAAGGAAGUGGAUCCAUUUCUUGUUACAAACAAGCACGAAAAGUCACCAAAAUCACUGUCUUGGUUGAGUUGUGCUGAAAACAGUUAGCAUGGAGCAACUGUUGUUCCAAUGCAGCCUCUGGUCCGUGAGAAUCUAACCUUUUGAUUAAGCUAAUUUAUGCUCUUCAUUGCAAGUUGAUAGCA